AUGUUCAGAACAAAGUCUCUCGAUGUGAUCACCCUCUUCCAUAAGCCCUCCAUAUCGGCUUCAGCCCGUGUCUAUACGCUCUUGAAACAAGGCAGUGCUCACGCACAAGAGGCUGCCACCGAGGACCAGGCUGCCGACCACAGUCCACAAAAUCAAGCGGUCAAACGCGAACCAUUCGAACUCGACGUCACAGAAGCCGCUCCUACACAAGACCAGCUUAGGAGCAUACUGGAAUAUGUUGGAGAGCACAAGAUCUCCGACCUAGUUGAAGGAGCCACAAGCGUCAGUGACGCUGUGAAGAAGCUGGCUGCGAAUGAAGGAGCUUUCAAGAGGCCGGUGACAGUGGAUUGGAACCAGGGCAGGGCUGUGAUUGGUGAUGAUACCUCCGCGAUACAGAAGUUGCUUCGCGAGGUGCCUGCCCCUCAGUAA